AUGGGUGGUGGAAGAAGUCUCGUGACAGGUAGCUUAGAUGGUACCGAGGUCAAGUUGGUGAUAAGGCCACAGCUACGGGAUGACCUGACCGUCAAGUAUCACGGUACGAAGUUUCCGCAACGGCGAGAGUUGAUGAAGUCUCUGGCAUGUAACCAACGCAACGACGACGACUACCAGCUCUUUGAUGAGGAGCAAGCUGCCAUUAACCUCAAGCUAAUACAGAACAAUAAAACCAGAUGGAAUUUGACUUAUCUGAUGAUCCAGCGUGCCAUUCGCAAACGAGAGCAGAUUGACCAUUUCAUCACGUAUCUCGAAACCAAGGCGGGGGAGCCUCGCCAACGUGUGCCUGUCCAAGAUCAUCUGUCGCCACAGGACUGGCUUCUCUUGACGGAGAUACAGAGUCUUCUUAAACCACUCUAUAAGGUCACUAUAAGGUGCCAGGGUUGGGCCAAAGAGGGCCGUUACAGUGCCUUGUGGGAAGUGAUGAUCGGAAUGCAAUAUUUGCUUAACUUCGAGGAGCAGAAGCAGAUCUUCUCGCUGCCUGACCCAACUACUGAUGUGCCACGGCAUGCACGAUCCUCGGCAGCCAAGAGUAUGGCUUUCUAG